AUGACGGACCACCCUAACUCGUGGCCGCCAUACUACGGGCUGCCGCCUAUUAAAGGUGUUGCAAUGUCUACGCCCUUCGCUGCUGCAAAACAGGAGGAAGAACUGCUUCAAGAGAGAAGGAAAUGGCUGGAACUCGAACUUCUGGGGACCAACGCUCUCAUCAACGCCUGCGCGCCGAUCAAUAAGCUCCCAGCCGAAAUACUCGUCCUUGUCAUGCAGUCCGUCCAAGAAAGCUAUGGUGCAGAUCCCAUAGGUCAGACUGAGUGGCUUCCUAUGCUACAGGUUUGUCGCCAUUGGCUUGCGCUCGCUUCAACUACCCCGGUACUGUGGCGGACACUUGUUGCCGGGACCAGUUUGAACUACCUGCGCACGGGGCUCGCUCGAUCCAGAAAUGCAACUGUCACUAUCUCCCACACCUACCCCCUGCUAGCUGGCGAAGUGAUACAGCUUCUUACUCCACACAUACGCCGCCUCCGCCAACUAACUCUGGUCACGAUGCUCAAGGAAGACACGGCGCACGUCGCUGCUUUACUGCGUCAUCCUCUGCCUGCCUUGGAACGCUUCGAUUUCAGCGUCGUCGGGCUUCCCCUUGAAGAUCAGGAUGCGGACAUCGAGCUAGCAUCCCAUUGUCUUCCUGCGCUUCGCCAUGCCAUCAUCAAAGGCAUCGAUAUCCGUCCCUCGUCAAUCCUUCAGCAACUGACGACCCUCCACCUGUGUAACUGGACCGAAGAAGACCGCAUGCCGACGUUGGACACGUUCACGAGGAUCCUGCAUUCCUGUAUCAACAUAGAGGAGCUCCACAUCAAGAACGUGUGUUGUCGGGAUGUAGAUUCUCCUGCCGCCACAGACAUCGUGCGGACCGCGGUCUCUAAACUGCGGUGGCUUCACAUAGACACCGAUACCAGGACUGCCAAGCACACGCUGUCGGUUCUCUCUCUCCCGCCCACCGCGCAUGUCACGAUACGUUGGUACAUCACAGACCAGACACCGGCUGCGGACUUCACGCUCGGGUUUCUCGCUGUCAUGCCCGACGACCGGACUGGCCUGCUCUCCCUCCUCUCCGGUCUCAACACUGCGAGGGUGCAGCUCUACCACGAUGAACGCAAACUCGUGACGUACGCCGAUGCUCCGCCGGACUCCGAAGACAGCCCCGGGCCUACUUUCACGCUCUCGAUCACGAAUCCCGAUCUAACGCGACGAGCAACACCGCUUCUCUUCCAGGACGUCCUGAGCAUCUGCGCCCUCGCGCCGCUCGAGGACCUGCGCAUCGAUACGGAAUCGUACAAAAUUCCGCUCAUAGACUGGCGCGCCGCCCUCGCACCGUUCGCGCAGCUGCGCAAGCUCGCGAUACUCGGACUUGGGAGGGGGAGGCCGGGGGAUCCGCCGUGCCCCGUCAUCUCCAGCCUGAACCCGGAGUUUGCGCCUACUGGGACCAGCGACGAGGACCGUCUCGUUUGCCCUGAGCUGCGCACUCUGCGGGUAGAGGGAUUCGAUGUUCACCUGCAGGGAAUCUUGCCAGGGUUGCUGUCGAUGCUUGCGGCGCGGAAGGAAGUGCUCGGGUGGAAGAAAGCCCUUGGAGAGCUGUCGUUGGAGCUGGACUACCAUCGGACGGAUGAGUACUUCGAGCAGUGCAAAACGCUGUACACCGAAUUUCUCGGCUCGCUCGUGGAGAACUUGGUGUACGAACGCAACCUGACAUAG